CUCUUUCCUACAGGUUGCCAAAUCUUGUUGAGGGUUGUGUGCUGGUUAAUGCAUAGAGGAAAAAGGGUGAAGCUUGAAGACGAAACUGAAGGUAGUUGGAAAAGUUUUGCAGCUGUCAGAAUGACCGCAGUGGAUGACAUCUCGGACAGCACGGAGGUUGUGGAAAUGGACGACGUCCCCUCCCAGUUUUUCGUGGAGAAGCACUCAUGGGAUGGCUUGCGUGACAUCAUUCACGGCAGCCGGAAGUACUCGGGAAUGAUCAUUAACAAGGCGCCCCAUGACUUCCAGUUCGUUCAGAAGCAUGACGAGUCCAGCCCUCACUCGCACCGGCUCUACUACCUUGGAAUGCCGUAUGGGAGCAGAGAAAACUCAUUAUUGUACUCUGAAAUCCCAAAGAAAAUACGGAAAGAAGCCCUCCUUGUGUUAUCAUGGAAACAGAUGUUAGAUCACUUCCAGGCGACUCCGCAUCAUGGUGUAUAUUCCCGUGAGGAGGAGCUUCUCCGUGAGAGGAAGCGUCUGGGGGUCUUCGGCAUCACGUCCUACGACUAUCACGCACAAAGCGGCCUUUUCCUCUUCCAAGCAAGCAACAGCCUUUUUUAUUGCCGUGAUGGCGGCCAAAACGGCUUCAUUCAGGGUGCCCCGAUGAAGCCAGAGGAAAUUAAGACUCAGUGCUCAGGGAUUCGCAUGGACCCCAAGAUCUUGCCUGGUGAUCCCAGUUUCAUUGCCUUCAUAAAUAACAACGACCUGUGGGUGACGAAUAUCGAAACUGGAGAGGAGCGACGACUUACUUUCUGUCAUAAAGCAAUAUUUUGUCAAUGGAGUUGUGUUAAUGCUAAUGAACCCUUCUCGAUGCUUGUAGGAAGUAAGAACCCUCAAAUUAGCCUGAAACUAGCAGAGAUUCAGACCGACCAACACGGCAAGAUUAUUAGCGCACAAAACAAAGAGCUUGUUCUCCCGUUUACCACGCUCUUUCCUGGGGUUGAGUACAUCGCAAGAGCUGGAUGGACAAGAGACGGCAAAUUUGCUUGGGCGGUGUUGCUAGACCGCAACAUCUGGAUCAAUGUCCAUGAUAUCUUCUAUCCCUUCAUUCAAACAACUAAUGACAAGAUCACCUUCCUGUGGGUGAACGAAUCACAAACGGGCUUCUGCCAUUUGUACAGAAUUACCAGCCUCUUACAGCCGGGCUGCCAGCAGUGGACCAGAGAAUACAGUCCUGCAGACGAUGAUUUCAAAUGCCCAAUAGAGGAGGAGGUGACUUUAACGAGUGGAGAGUGGGAAGUCUUGGCCAGACACGGCUCAAAGAUCUGGGUCAACGAAGAAACCAAACUGGUGUAUUUCCAGGGAACGAAAGAUACUCCACUUGAGCACCAUCUGUAUGUUGUGAGCUACGAAUCUCCUGGAGAAACUGUUAGACUUACUAAGCCGGGUUUCUCUCACAGCUGCUCAGUUAGCCAGAACUUUGACAUGUUCAUUAGCCACUACAGUAACGUGAGCACACCUCCGUGCGUUCACGUCUACAAACUGACGGGUUCUGACAGUGACCCCCUGCACAAAGAGCCAGAGUUCUGGGCGAGCAUGAUGGAGGCUGCAGGUUGCCCGGCUGAUUAUGUCCCUCCUGAGAUAUUCAGCUUCCCUGCUAGUUCCGGUUUCCUGAUCUAUGGAAUGCUGUACAAACCUCACAACCUGAAACCAGGCAAAAAACACCCCACAAUCCUGUUUGUGUACGGCGGCCCACAGGUGCAGUUAGUGAAUAACUCUUACAAGGGUGUGAAGUAUCUGCGUCUGAACACGUUGGCGUCUCUGGGUUAUGCAGUGGUGGUCAUCGACGGAAGAGGGUCAUGCCAAAGAGGCCUCAAGUUUGAAGGGGCCCUUAAAAACAAAAUGGGGCAGGUGGAGAUUGAAGAUCAGGUGGAGGGACUUCAGUAUGUAGCAGAGAAUUACAAGUUCAUAGACAUGAGUCGAGUUGCCAUCCAUGGUUGGUCUUAUGGUGGAUUCCUGUCUCUCAUGGGCCUCAUUCACAGGCCAAACAUCUUCAAGGUGGCCAUAGCAGGAGCUCCUGUGACGGUGUGGAUGGCAUACGAUACGGGCUACACCGAACGCUACAUGGACAUGCCUGAAAAUAACCAGCAGGGGUAUGAGGCGGGCUCCGUCGCCCUGCACGUCGACAAGCUUCCUAACGAUCCAAACCGAUUACUUAUUUUACAUGGGUUCCUUGAUGAAAACGUGCACUUUUUCCACACCAACUUCCUGGUGUCUCAACUCAUCCGUGCAGGAAAGCCAUAUCAGCUACAGAUCUACCCCAAUGAGAGACACAGCAUCCGCUGUCCUGAGUCCGGAGAGCACUACGAGAUCAUGCUACUGUACUUCCUCCAGCAGCACCUCUGAUGAGCGGCGCAUCUCCUUUCCCAGCCUCCUCUACUUCCUUCAGCAACAGUGACAGUGAAUACGGCCCUCUCCGGUUCCCCAACCCGCCUUUGCUUACUCGCACUCUUUCUGGAAGGAGUGUCUUCGCAGCAGCCAGAAACGGACUUGUCCCCAAACCUCAUGUAAUUUUGUGCAUGUCGGCACACUUUUAUCAGAAAGGACACCUCCGAGAACGGAGAAGAACCCAGUAGCUCAUUAACCUCAUAAACAAGUUUUGGAUCAUGUGCCACAUCUAGGUAAUGUUUCCUUUCCGGCUCCCUUUGAAACACUGAUUAUGUUGCCAAACGUGUCUUUAUUUUUAAAAUUUGUAGUUAGUGGCUGAUCAGGAUACAGAGACUGGAUUUCUACACGUAACGUACAGAAAUGCUCUUUCCGCGCUUUCUCUGCUCAUUUAACUUAAGCUUUUUCAGUUCUAUGAAUGCAGUCGUGUUUCGGUCCAACAUGGAUUCCAGCGAUAGCCGCAGUCUCGUGGCUCUCACGUAAGGACACCUCACACUACUACCUGCAGUUCAUAUUUUAAGUGUGUAUUAUUAAAGGAACAUAUUUUUUAUGAA